UACAGUCCAGCCUCUUACUUCAUCUUCUCCGUUUCGUAAUCCGAGAUACUUUACAAAGUAGGAAGGUUUAAUUUUUCCAUUUUCUUCCUCAAUCUAUGGCGCGCACAAGGCAAACCCCAUACGUCUUCAGAAUGUUCUCCACGCUAAGGCUGCGGGGUGCAUCCUCCACCCCAGGCGCGGUGGGUGGGUCGACCUCCAACCCUGCCCCUGCCGCUGUGGGUGGGUCGACCUCCAACCCUGCCCCCGUCGCUGUGGGUGGGUCGACCUCGAACGCUGCUGCCGGGCACCACUACUCAGAGUCUUCCAAUGCCGAAAACUGCAAAAUGAAGAUUCUCUCAGUCAAUGAAGGAGAGGAUCUAUUAGCAAAAAUUUUCAAUGCUACUACCACCGAACCAGGGAUUGUUUUCGUAAUAACAACCACUGGGACAUUAUCCCGCGCCACAAUCCGACUACCUGCGGAACACGGCGAACCUAGAAUAUACGAGGGUCCGUUUCACAUUCUUUCAAUGGUCGGUUCCUUUGUUCCAUCUAGAGGUGGACUUCAAAGUGGCAAUGAUGGAAGGCUGAGUACAGCCUUACUUCAGCCGGAUGGAACAGCAUUUGGCGGUAUAGUAGCAGGACCUAUGAUCGCCGCAUCUUCUGUACAGAUUGUUCUUGGUUGCUUGCCCCAUGACGAGGGUGAGUCGUGAGAGAAGUAGAGGAAACCACCUGCAGAGUUUGAUUCUUCAUAAAUAAAACUGUAUAUGGUGCUUGUAAACCGAAAAUGUUGUCUUGAUAUUAAUUCUAUAGAAGAUGUGUUGUUGGUUGUAUGUUAUGCACGUGUUGUAGCAUGUUAUUUCAUAUUUUGUGGUGAUUAUCAGCAACAUAUACUAUUUAAAUUUAGUUUUACUUUAGAGCAUUAUAAUCAUGAUUUUCAUGGCACCUUGGCGUCCUGGCAGUGCACCGGCAGCAACAGGCAGCUUGCCUCACCGUUUUGCAAGGCUGGCGUCUUGGCAUCACCAAACCCAAUUCGAAUUGUUUUG